GCAAUUACAACGCCAUAAGGAUAAAACGGCUCUCCCUACCGUGGUGUCAUUUUCUUUGCAAACUUCUCUUCAGUUUCAAUUCUUGUAGCCGUUUCACUCUCUCCAACCUAUAUAUUCAUAUGCAUUUUCAUUUCCAUAUAUGCUUCAAUCUCUGCAUCUCAUCACCACUCUCUCAUUCUCAUGGCGGGUCUCUACUCUUCUUCAAGACCCACUUCCUCCUUCUCUUCUUCUUCUUCUUCCUCUGCUUCCCUUCCUUCUUCUCAGCAGGCCUUUACUUCUCGUCUUCUCUUGCUCUUGACUCUCCUCCCAUUAACCCUCGCCUUCUUUGCUUUUAUCCUCCAAUGGCGUGGCGGUCUCACCGACCCCGUCACUCGUUGGUCUCCUGACCCUUUCCAGUUCCCUGGCAUGGACAACCCCGGUUCAAACUCUCGCUCGGAUCGGCGGUCUGCUUCGGACUGCGUCGAUCUUUUGGGUCAGAGCCGGUUCCCGGCUUUUCCUUAUUUUAAGGAUUGGAAGUUCGAUUUCGAGUCCGAUCUUAGGCCUAAGAUAUGUAUUAUUUCAAGUACUUCUGCAGGAUUAGAGCAGACAUUACCAUGGAUCUUUUAUCACAAGGUUAUUGGAGUUUCAACCUUUUUCCUUUUUGUUGAGGGGAAGGCUGCCUCUCCUAAUGUAUCUAAAGUCUUAGAAUCGAUUCCAGGUGUGAAAGUGAUAUACAGAACAAAAGAAUUAGAGGAACAACAAGCUAAAAGUCGGAUUUGGAAUGAGACUUGGUUGGCAAGCUUCUUCUACAAACCAUGUAACUACGAGUUGUUUGUGAAGCAAUCCCUUAACAUGGAAAUGUCUAUUGUCAUGGCAAGGGAUGCAGGCAUGGAUUGGAUUAUUCAUCUUGACACCGAUGAGCUUGUACAUCCUGCGGGUGCUCGUGAGUACUCUUUGAGACAAUUGCUGUCAGAUGUGCCUGGAAAUGUUGAUAUGGUUGUUUUCCCAAAUUAUGAAAGUAGUGUCGAGCAGGAUGAUGUCAAGGAACCUUUCACUGAGGUCUCAAUGUUCAAGAAGAACUAUGAUCAUCUUCCCAAGGAUGUGUAUUUUGGCAACUAUAAAGAGGCAACUCGUGGUAAUCCAAACUACUUUCUGACCUAUGGAAAUGGGAAAUCAGCUGCUCGUAUUCAAGAUCAUCUUCGUCCUAAUGGUGCACAUAGAUGGCAUAACUACAUGAAGACACCAAAUGAGAUCAAAUUGGAUGAGGCUGCUGUUCUGCAUUAUACAUACCCCAAAUUUUCUGAUCUCACUUCAAGGCGUGAUCGAUGUGGCUGCAAGCCUACAAAGGAAGAUGUUAAGAGAUGUUUCAUGUUAGAAUUUGAUAGAGCUGCAUUCAUAAUUGCUUCAACUGCAACAGAGGAGGAAAUGCUUCACUGGUACCGUGAACAUGUGGUGUGGACUGAUAAAGCAUUGAACUUGAAACUGUUGAGGAAGGGCAUCUUAACUCAGAUUUAUACUCCCAUGGCUAUAAUCCAAGGACUUAGGGAAUCUGGUGUUUUCAGUUCUGUAGUACAAUCAGCAGAGACGACUCUCUCAAAGGACAAGUUCUUGUCGUCAGUUGAGAGUAGCAACUCUUCUAGAGUAGAUAAACCUGGAAGAAUUUCUUCCAGAAAGAUUGGUGUCAAAGAAUCUCAGGCAACUGCUAGAAGGAUCUUGGAAAUUACCAACAAAUUUUCUUAUGAUUCAGCAAUCCCACCACUUUCUCCUCCAGUACUGGAUUAUUUUCACAUUGGAAUAUAAUGACAUUAAACUCACAGUGAUUACUGCUGCCUCAUCAUUCCUGCAAAGAGUUCGAGAUUUGAAAUGAAGAUGGUUGAAUGAGACAAGUUGGUUUGCCGGUUCUGAUGGGGCAUUUCAGUGUUCGGUUUCCUGGGGCUAUUCCCGAUCAUUACCCAAGCGCUGCUGUACAUUUCAGGUUUAGAUUUGUAGUAGAUGAUAGAGUGAGAGAUGUAGAGCGGGAUUCUGACUAAAGAUUUUGAUGAGUUUUGCUUUGCAUGUUUGAUAUUUUUUGGAUGCCUGGCUAAUCGCUGCCUGAGGCUGUAUUAUCAACUGGUUCAUCAUAUUAUUGAGUUGAGGGACAUUGAUCAUGUCAUUCUCCAAUCAGUUUACAGAGAUGCACAUUGCUGUUCCAUUCUUUUGCAUUUACUU